AUGGCUACCAAAACCCACAAGACCUGGCAGGAAGAGCUUGCUGCUGAGUGUCGGAAGCUGAGACUGCCUGCUCCCCAGUUCAAUAUUGUUUCUGAUCGUCGAGGUGGCCGUACAGCUUGGUCUGCGACAGUCACAAUUCAGGGCCAGAAUCUUGCAGCAAGAUAUUGGUAUGAUGGGCAAUACCUCAACAACGCCAAAGAAGACGCUGCAGAAGUCGCCUGCACCAAACUGCGCAACCCGUCGAUCACCGCUGGUCAGUCCACGGUCUACCGAGCACAGUCGGGCUAUGUAACCAAACCGCGUCUUGACAUCCUCACCGCCGCAAAGCAGGCAAUUACCGCCAGUCCCUAUGCAUUCGGACCAGUCGCCGCCAUGUCGACCGCUACAAAACCCUCAGCGCUGACCUUCGAUCGUAAGGCCCGGUGUUCGACAUCCAAAGCCCGUGCCUCGACGCUGCAUUUGCCUCAUGGUCCAGUCGACCUGCCCGUUUUCAUGCCCGUCGCCACCCAAGCAUCUCUCAAAGGAUUGACUCCGGAACAAUUGGAAGAGACUGGUUGCAGAUUAUGUCUGAACAAUACAUACCACUUGGGAUUGAAACCUGGCCAAGCGGUGCUUGACACCAUUGGCGGUGCCCAUAGAUUACAAGGAUGGAACUACAAUAUCCUGACGGACAGUGGCGGUUUUCAAAUGGUUUCAUUGCUCAAGCUGGCAAAGAUCACCGAGGAAGGCGUGCGCUUUCUCAGCCCCCAUGAUGGCAGUCCAAUGCUCCUCACUCCUGAGCAUUCAAUGUCUCUGCAGAACUCCAUCGGCUCAGAUAUCAUGAUGCAGCUUGAUGAUGUGAUUCAAACGACAUCGCCUGAUCAUGCCCGGAUGAAGGAGGCCAUGGAACGCUCUAUCCGCUGGCUGGACAGAUGCAUAGUUGCACACAAGAACCCUGAGACACAGAACCUAUUUUGCAUCAUUCAAGGCGGUCUCGAUCUAGAGAUGAGGCGACAGUGCUGCGAGGAAAUGGUCAAGCGGGAUACCCCAGGCAUAGCUAUCGGUGGUUUGUCUGGCGGAGAAGCUAAGUCAGAUUUCUGCAAAGUCGUCGAUACAUGCACCGGCCUCCUACCUGACCAUAAGCCAAGAUACGUCAUGGGUAUUGGGUAUCCAGAAGAUAUCGUUGUCGCCGUAGCUCUCGGAGCAGAUAUGUUUGAUUGUGUGUGGCCCACACGAACGGCACGUUUUGGCAACGCGAUCACCUCCAACGGCGUCCUCAACCUCAAAAAUUCUCGGUAUGCUCAUGACUUUGGACCUGUCGAGCAAGGCUGUACCUGCACCUGCUGUCGUCCCAAAGAGGAUGGAGGGUUGGCCAUUACGAGGGCGUACAUCUACCACCUCGCAGCGAAGGAGACUGUGGGGGCUCACUUACUGACGAUGCACAACGUACAUCACUUGCUUUCUCUGAUGCGACGAAUCCGCGCGGCCAUAAUAGAUGACCAAUACCCCUCAUUCUGCAAGCAAUUCUUUGCAAAUUAUUUCAAUGGCCAGCCUCCCCCAGGAUGGGCAGUCGAGGCGCUCCAGGGAGUGGGCAUCGAGAUAUGA